AUGUUUGGGUGCAUCGCGCCACCGCGACACCAUCGCAAUCUGAUGCGAUCCAAUUCGCAGGAUUCGCGCGAGUUCCACGGCGAUCCGCGAUUCGAACGACCCGCCUCGGCGAUGACGGUGAUGGUCCCAAAACGAAGUCAUGACGCCAACAGCAAGCCGAAAAUCAAACGAUUGGACAAAUGGAUCGGACACCUGUUGAAUGAGGGCAUGCCCGUCAGCCUGUUCAGUUGGCGUCGGCGAUUCGGACGCAAAACGCCGGAGCCGUCGCAGGCGGUUCAGAUCACGCUGCCACCGGAGCCGAAGGCGCCGCGCGAGCCGUCGCCGCCGAAAUCGGUGCGAUUCGAGCAGCCGCACUAUCCGCAAGAGCCGUCGCCGCCGGAAUGGACGUCGUCGAGCGUCAACGGAGAAGCACGCGUCAUCGGACACAUUCGACCGGCACCAAGCACCAGCGGUCGGGCGUACGGCGAGAAACGCGCCGGCGAAUGGCGAUACGCCGAUGACGUGAGGGUGAGCAUCGCGCCGUUGGCGAGCACCGACAUCGACGGCGACACGCGGCCGCCCGAGCCGCCGCGAGCCCGCUUCGGAACACCGCCGCCGUCGCGCGCCACCUCGGUGCUUCAGAGCCUCAGAGACCAGAAGGACACCAUCGAGUUGGACGAGCAACGCCGUCAGGCGUCGACACUUCCCGCCGCCGCUUCUCAACACCGCGGCGGCGGCGAAUCGACAAGCGACGCGUACGCGACGCGUCAAUUCGACGAGAUGCUCGUCGUGUUUUUGCAGGCCAACGACGAGGUCAAACGUGUGCUGUUGCCGUCGCGCGUCGACACGAUGCAUCACGUCAAGAUGGCGUUCGUCCGCGCGUUUCCCAACGUGAAUCGCGCGUUCGUCGAGCAGCCGCACGUCAAAAUUUAUAUACAGGAGCCGACGAAAGGCGCGUUGUUCUAUGAGCUCGAGGAUCCCGGAGACAUCAAAAACAAAUCGGUGUUGCGUCUUCGCGAGAAAUCGCGUCUGAUGUCGCCGAUCGCCUACCUCGACCAGCCCGACUAUCAUUCGGAGACCGAGCACGACGACGGCCGUCGAUUCGUCUCGUUGGCGCGUCCCGCGUCGGCGAUGGCGGCCGCCCAUCACGACUACAUGCACACGAAGUUGAUCGGCCAUCAGCACAAGCCGAUGUACGAUCCGUACGCGGAUCCCUAUCAAUCGGACGCCAGCAGUCACGAUAGUCGAAGUGUGACGCGCUCCGGCUCGGCGACGCCGGUCAUUGAUCGCGAAUCGAGAGCCCGCAUGGAAUCGAUGGAGCGCCAAUUGGCGGGAUUGUCCACCCUGGUGCACACGGCGUUGGUGAGCAAAGGGCUCAGCGAGAGCACCCAGCGCGAUAUGGCCGAGCUGCGAAGAGAGAUUCUUUCAAUGCAUCCGGAGAGCGGACGCGAGUCGUCGGAAGAGCCGACAUCUUCCCUACCCGAAUCGAUCUCGUCGCACACCGUCCAUCAAUUGAGCGUGCUUCGCAACAAAAUCAAAGAAGCGAGCAAUGAUUUGAAGCAGAUCAAAAAAGCCGCGCAGGUGAACGCGCAGACGGCGAACACGCUGAUUCGCGAGGCUGGCGAAAAAAUCGAGAAGAUCGUCGCCGAGCGUGUCGCCAAUCGCGGACCAUCAUCGCGACCGCCGCCUCCGUCGACGACGACGACGAACAACGAUGAGGUCGAAGCGCAUCGGAAUCAGCAUUCGAGUCGGCUCGCCGAGCUUCUACACGAUCUCACUCGAUUCGAGCAGAACGUGGAAACCGUUCGCGGUAGUGUGCUGGCGAAUCAGAAGAAGCUUCGGAUGAGCGAAGUCGAGGAGUUGACCGAGAAGCUCACCGAAAUCGGUCGAAUCGCCGCCGGACUCAAAACCGAAUUUCCGCCGAUUCAGCUCGCCAUCGAGAAGCAAAUCAAACGCGACAUGGAGCGCGUCGUUCGCGAGGAGAAAUUCAUACGCGAUCAGACGUCGGCGGUCGAUCAGAGCCUUCGGCGUUGCAAGGCGUUGGCCAACAUCAUGGUGACGAUGAAGAAGUUGGCGAUGGUGCAAGAUCCCACCAUUCAGCGCCAUCGCAAAACCGAACGCGAUCAUCAGACGCCGCCGUCGCCGCAUUUGCCGCCGAAGCCGACGCAGGCGAUCGCCAUGCCGCCGCCGACUGUACACCAAACGUUGGUGGUGCCGCCGCCGCCACCACCGCCACCACCGCCAAUAGACAUGGCGCGUGAGAUCGCCGCGCCGUACACGCCGACAAGGCCGCCGGUGGAGCACGCGCUCGACGGCGUUCUUGAAGAGGUCGCCCAGCCGCCGCAACCGCCGCGACCACCCAGUCGAUUCUCGGUGCAGGACGUUCGGCAGAAGUUCGCCAAGCCGCCGGAGCUGCCCGACGGCAUUCGGAGCCUCAUCGAGGAUGUGGCGAGACGGGCGUCGCCGAGUUUGGAGCGCGAUUCGACACUUGAGAGACGGCAAGAUCUCGAGGAGCGGCAGGAGCGGCUCGCCGAGAAGCAGCGCCAACUUCGGAAUCAGUUUCAGCAACUUCAACAACUCGCACCUCAAUCAUAA